AGUUAGCACGUCGCUAAAUAAGAGCACAUAGCAGAUAUAAAAGUCUUUACUGUUGGCUUUUUAAUUAUGCUUGUUCUCCAUGCAGGACGCAUCUUAUAUUUAUUCGAGUAAAAAUGACACAUUACUGUUCUGUCUCGUUUGCGUGUAUUUUAAAGGACACCAAGCUAUCGUUAGCUAAUUAGCUUCGAACAAAAAGACACUGACGUUAGCAUCACAUGCUAAGGGUUGUCGUUGUGUGAAAAUGUGUAUAAAGUCCGAGAUUGUUGGCGAUUGAGUGAGUCGCAAAUGUCAAAGAAGACAUUUGUAGUGUUAGAAAGAACGACAGCAGACUACCGGGAGGAACUUUCUCUUUCGACGAAAGAGGAGCUCGAAGGACAAAGUCAACUCCUGCUUGAAAUGGAAAUGGAGUCACACGGAGCAGAUGGCGAAGAAGAAAAUCUUCCCCCAGAGGAGCAAAAGUGGAGCUCCUGGAUGGAGCAGGAGGAGACACCGUCUUCCCAGGUUAAAGAAGAAGAAGAGGAGUUAGAGCCGCCCUGCAUUAAAGAGGAAGAGGAGGAAUCAGAGCCGCCUCACAUCAAGGAGGAAGAUGAGGAGCACAGCAUCAGUCGGGGGGAACAGCAGCAGGAGGAUGCCGACAUCAGCAAGUUUCCAGUGACUUGUAUGACUGUGAAGAGCGACGAUGAUGAAGACAAAGGUCAGGGGUCACAAAUCGAUGACAGUCAAAGCGUGGAGAAGAAAGGCAGCAGCUCGAGCCGACACAGGACGACAGAAGCCGACGGUGGGGGAUCACAAGCAGGCAGCCGCUUCGCUCCGCUGUCAGAGAGUGACGACGCGACGUCACACUCUCCUGACACGGAUGACGAAGACUAUAAAGCUGAUGUGACAUGUCGCCCUGGCAACAAACACUUUAAAUGCUUCCAAUGUGACAAAACCUUUGGCAGCAAAAGUAAUUUAAAAAGGCACAUGGGAUGUCACACGGGAGAAAAACUAUUUAGCUGCUCGAUUUGCGGUAAAGAAUUCUCCCAGAAGGGAAUUUUAAUGAGACACACAAGAACACACACCGGAGAGAAACCUUUUUCAUGCCCAUUCUGCGCCAAACGAUUCUCUAUUAAGGGAAAUUUGAUCACACACACACGAAUACACACCGGAGAGAAACCUUUCUCCUGUUCAGUCUGCAAAACCAGUUUCACUGUUCGUUCGGCGCUGGUUCAACACAUGCGAACACACACUGGCGAGAAACCCUUUCCUUGUUCGUUUUGUGGGAAAACCUUUUCUCAGAAAGUCAGCUUGAUGACGCACUUGAGAAGACACACCGGAGAGAAGGUGUUCAGCUGCAAGGCGUGCGAUGAGAGAUUCUCUCACAAGUACCAGCUGAACAAACACAAGUGUGGCGGCGAGGACAGUGGCAGAAAAUGAAGGAAUGGAAUCCAGCCAAUCCUAUUUUUUUCAAGUUUGACCUAUCAGGUACCGCUGAGGUGUAUGAGUGUUUUUCUGUCAUUUUUUGCACUAUUUCUUCCAAAAGAGGAACAAGCGUCCACAAAGGGUGGACUAUUUGUGCAGUAACCUGCACAAACUUGCUUUGCCGUCUGAGAUUGUUAACAAGAUUCAUACUAAUUUGGGUUUACAGUGUGGUUAGGCAAGGCAAAACGUGUAAAAGGUUUCUUAUGUUUGCUUAAAGAAGAGCAAGGCGGUCGGACACCCAUGAGUUGUUUUGUUGUUUAUAUUUUCAUGAAGACCACGGACCAGCUUCCUCGGUGCGAGGCCUGCAACACAAGCAUCAACGAGUUAACCACCGGAAGACACAAUUAACAGCAAAGAAAGCAAAACACGUAACAUGUACACUUGUCACUCAAGUGUCGUUGAAAUGUGAUAGAAUUUCAAUCUAUUGAACAGCACUAUUGAGUUAUACAUUGAAUUGUAUUUUUUGUUUUUACAAGCUACAGUCAGUUAAUUGGUUCCAGACCCGACCACAUUAAAUGAAUUUCCGUAACUUCAUGAAGUGUUAAAAGGGACCCAUUAUGCUU